AUGACAGAUACAUUGGAUCAACUUGAUCCUAACUAUGUCAUAAGUUUCGAUUAUUCAGAGGAUAAUUUGACUCUUUUAGUUUCUAAAUUGUCUCAGCUAGGAAUCAAAGCUUUGUCAAGACCUGGUAACGAUGAAAACACUGUUUAUUUGUAUUUUCGUAUUGAUGAACACCCAAGUGAAUAUACUUCAUUCUCAGGCGGAGUAGAUAAUAUUACAAGCAAUAAUAAUGGAAAUAAUGUACUUUCCGAAACAAGAACGCUAGCAUUAUUUGAAGCUGUAAGAAAUAAUGAGUUUGUCCAUUCAAUUAUCCCUCUCUAUGAAUUAGAUAAACAAAAACGUUUGAACCAAUUCUUCCAUGACCAAGUUUAUAAGAAACCAUUAGCAUUACCAACAGAUUCAGAAUUGAAACAAUUAUCUGAUUUGACAGGUAAUCCCAAAUUAUCAUUAUAUUUUGCUUAUAUGGCAACAUACACCAAAAAAUUAAAAUAUUUAGCUAUUGCUGGCUUGAUGGUAAGAAUCCUUUUUGGGAACUCAUUUCAUGAAUUCUCUACACUAUAUUCUAUCGGACUUAAUAUUUGGACACUGUAUUUCACUACAUCAUGGAUAUAUGAUUUACAACCCAAAUAUAAAUGGAAAUUGACUCAUGGUCAGUCAGAUGAAAGUGAUAAUAUCAACAGCUAUGACAAUCCAAAUACAGUUAGAAUUAAAAAAUUAUGUUUCAUACCUAUCGUCAUAGCAUUUGUUAUAGCUCUCAUUUCUUUCCAACUACUCUGCUUUGUAAUUGAAAUUUUCAUCACACAAUUAUAUGAUGGCCCAUUAAUUCGCAUCUUAACUUUGUUACCAACUAUUUUAAUAUCAAUAUUUACACCAACAUUACAAACGAUAUUUAAUAAAUUAUUCGUAGAAAAAUUUGUUGCUUGGGAAAAUGGUCCCAACCCAAAGAAAUCAAAAGUGGAGAAAAAUUUUAUGUUAACAUUCUUUAUCAAUUAUUCCCCACUAUUAAUUACAUUAUUCCUUUAUUUACCUUUCGGUUAUAAAUUCACUCCUGAAUGGAAACAAAGAACAACCAGAUAUGUUCAGUCCAUGAAUGUCCCAGUGACAAAAUCCAAUUUCAAAGUCCAUACAAAUCGUUAUAAAAUUCAAUUCUUUUAUUUCACCGUAACAAAUCAAUUAAUCUUAUUUUUUACUCAGAACAUCUUACCUUUAAUUAUGGAAAAAGUUUUGCCUAAAUUUAAAGAUGAAAACAAACCUACUUCGACAAAAUUUAAGAUUAAAAGACAAUUCAAAAAAUCAUACCCAAAGGAUUUCAAACUAUGGGAAAGAACUAACUCAUAUAUUACGGGGCCCUGGGAUGAAUUUAAUGAGGAUAUUAAUUAUGAAAAACUUAAUAUUCAACUCGGUUUCGUUAUAAUGUUUUCAAUAAUAUGGCCAUUGUCCCCAAUGAUUUGUUAUAUUUUCAAUCACAUCAUAAUCAAAGCUGAUCUUUGGAGAGCAAUUGAAAAAUGUAAACCGUCAGUACCUUCAUUCUCUAGAAUACAACAACAAAACACUGUACCAUUAAAGGUUAAGGACAACAAUACUGUCAAUGCAAAUCCAACAUUCGUAUGGAACAUCAUAUUAAUGGUAAUGGCAAUCAUUGGAUCAACCUUAUCGUCAUUAUUAACAUACAUGUAUAGAAAUUGUCAUCUACCAGACGUUGGAUAUACUUCUCCAUUGGAAAAGGAAGAUAUCUGGUAUAGAUUUUUUCCCUUGUCUCAUUCGUGGCCAUCAAUCCUUUUAUUCGCUGUCAUAAUGGAACAUAUCGUACUAUUAUCAUAUUUCUUUUUGUCAAGAAUAGUUUGUGGAUUGAACGAAUGUAAUAAUACAGGAUUCGUACCAUUGGAUAAGAAUCUUGUCGUCAAGAGGAAAACUGACUUAUCUAAAGUCAUUUCUGCAACUAAGGAAUUCAUGGAACCCCUUACUCUUUUAAAAAGUAAGGAAAACGAUAAUGUUCAGCAAUCCACUGAAAGAACUAUAGGAAGAAGAAGAAGUACUAUGAGUAGUAUUGAAUCAAAACCAGAAAAUCUACAAUUCUUAAAAGAAAAUAUAUCUCAUGAAGAAGUAACAACAAACACAUCUAACCAGGAUCGUAACUAUACUAAAGAGAAACAGCCAACCAAAAUAAAUCAAUAUGAAAAUGAAAAUGUUAACCGUGACGAAUAUCCUAAAGUAAUUAGCGUACCGGCUAAUGAACGUCCACCUGAUAUAAUCGAUCAAAGAAAGAGAAGACCCUCAGGAACAAUACAGAGAAGAAAAUCUUCUGUUUCUUAUAAAGUUGCUGGUGCAACUAUUCCCGAUGUCAUUCCCACUUCUAGAUCAAAACCAACAUCAAAAUCUAAAAAAAUCAUUGAAACUACUUCAGUUUCAAAGCUACAACCCACAACAGCUCGCCCACUGUCGAGUACUGAUCGGUCCUUAAGCAUUAAAGCUGCAUCAGCUGCUUUGAAAGAUGAUACUUUGACAGAUAUUGAACCAUUACCACCAGGGAAACAUACGAAACAAGUACAACAAGAACAAGAACAACAGCAACAGAAACAUCAACAAGAUGAAGAAGAACAAUAUAGGCAAGAACAGCAACAACGACAAGAACAUGAAUAUGAACAAGAACAGCAGCAGCAACAACACCAGCAACACCAGCAAAGAAACCCGGAACAACAACAAUUCAAUGCACAAGAAUUAGAAGAAAGGGAAUUAGCAAGGCAACAGAUGGAAUUAGCAGCACAAGCACAUGAAGGUGAACAUUUCAAUGAGGACAUGGGAGAUGCCCCAAAGUUACAACUCAAUGAUGAGACUGUUGAUACUACUCCUUCAGUUGAAAGAAGACAUUCUAUCGGUUCCCAGGUUUUGAAAACUGUAAAAUCACCUAUUAAACAUAUUCAAAAGACAGCUACUACUCAUUCUUCUAGAAGGAAAUCAUCAAAAAGUGAAACUACCCCAGGGGGGAAAAAAAAGAAAAUGCCUGGAUUUUUAACAAAAAUUCAGAACAAACUUUAA